UUUGUAUUGUGAUCGGUGUUGAGUGUUCGGAGGGAAAACCGGCGUUCGAUAAGCAAGAAUAGCACGUAAGUGGAUACAGUUGGACUCGUAGCCCCAUGGUUAUCCUGCAGGAGAGACAGUGGUUGGAAAGCUUGAUGAUAAUUUGAAUAUUUCGGCAAAAUGACACAGCUACAGCCCAUAAAGUUGAAAGAACUUCUUCAGCUCACAGCUGUAGGAAUUAAUCCCAGGAAUGUCCACUUUAAUACACUUACUAUGGAGUCUGAUAAAUUCUUCUGUGUGAUAAAAAAAGUUAAUGAUAAUCUUGAAGUGGAUAUUAUCGACAUGAAUGGUUCUGCCAAUUUCUAUAAAACAUUAAUGUCAGGUGAUUCUGGAAUUAUGAAUCCAGUCAGUAAAGUCAUAGCUAUUAAAGAUAAGAAGUUACUGAAGAUCUACAGCUUCGAAAUGAAAUCGACAAUGAAAGCCUUUACAAUAACAGAGGAUGUGGUGUUUUGGAAGUGGAUUUCGCAGAACAUGUUGGUGUUGGUAACGAAAACCGUGGUAUAUCACUGGUCCAUGGAAUACAACUCUACGCCGAGAAAGAUGUUCGAGCGCCAUUUUUCCUUAAACGGCUGUCAGAUUAAAAAUUAUAAAACAGAUCCAAAACAGACGUGGCUAUUAUUGAUCGGUUUUUCGGCACAGCAUAAUCGAGUGGUCGGUGCUAUGCAGCUCUAUUCCGUGGAGCGAAAGUAUUCGCAACUGAUCGAAGGACACGCCGCUUCCUUCGCUCAGUUCAAGAUGGAAGGGAAUAAGGAAGCCAGCAAUUUGCUCUGUUUCGCCGUCAGAACAGUCCAAGGAGCGAAGCUUCACAUCAUCGAAGUGGGUCAACCGCCAACCGGUAACCAUCCGUUUCCGAAGAAGGCCGUAGACAUUUUCUUCCCGGCCGAGGCCGGCAACGACUUUCCUGUCGCCAUGCAAUUUAGCUCCAAGUAUGACGUCAUCUAUUUAAUUACAAAGUACGGCUACAUUCACAUGUACGACAUCGAAUCUGCGACCUGUAUAUUUAUGAAUCGCAUCUGGGGCGAGACUAUCUUCGUCAGCACGGUGCACGAAGCUUCCGGUGGUAUAAUUGGAGUCAACUGUAAAGGCGAAGUUUUGUCCGUUUCCGUGGACGAGGAGAACAUUAUUCCAUACAUCAACGAAGCACUGCAGGACACGGAGUUGGCUCUGAGAAUGGCCGUGAGAAACAAUCUGUCUGGCGCAGAGGAUCUGUUUGUGAGGAAAUUUAAUAUGCUCUUCCAGAACGGCCAAUACGCAGAGGCGGCGAAAGUCGCGGCGAACGCGCCGAAGAGAGUACUCCACACGCCUGCGACCAUACAACGAUUGCAACAGGUCCGAAUUACUCAGGGACAGACCUUAUUUUUUCUGCAAUACUUUGGCAUUCUUUUGGAUCAAGGACAGCUGAACAAAACGCGUUAUGUGACCGCUUAUAUACUGGCUGUUCUGGGAGACAAGGCCUCACCAAGCCAGAAUGAUAUCAAGAAGAUCUUAUCAUCAGCCGGAAUUGAGACAGAUUCUGAAGAACUGAAAACAGUAAUUUCAGAAUUAAACGGAAAAUCCAUUGAUGAGUUAAUUGCCGAAGGUAGGGAGAAAUUAUCAUCUAUGCCAGUCGGUGGAGCUGCUGCUGCUACUCCUGCUAGGGGAACAGCAGCUCCAGUGGAAGAGAAGAAGGAGGAAAAGAAACCUGUCAAGGAAGAGUUUAAGUCUGAAGAUGAUCACAUAGACUUGCCUGUUUAAGCCUGUUUGAGUUUUUUUUAUCUUAUGGUCAAACAAUUUGGUCUCAGGACAAUAUAUGUUGUGUUCUGCAGGAGUAGAGUAAGUAAAUUUCAAUAUAUUUUUGUAUUGUAAAAUUUAUACAAAGUUUUCAUUAUUGCUGAAGAAUAAAGUAUAUCUUUUCAUUGAA